GUAGCGCGUGACAGCGCCACCAGCAUAAGGAAAGGACGGUUAUUACGCCUUGGUAGAUGAUUGGUGAGGUAAGAUGGCGGCGCCAGAGGAGCCAGACUUAUCUCAGGCGCAGACUGAAAAACUCCUCCAAUUCCAGGACUUAACGGGUCUGGACUCAAUGGACCAAUGCCGUCGAACGUUAGAGCAGCACAACUGGAACAUAGAGGCUGCAGUCCAAGACAGACUCAAUGAGCAGGAAGGCGUUCCCAGUGUGUUUAACCCUCCACCCUCCAGGCCGCUGCAGGUCAACACAGCAGACCAUAGAGUUUAUAGUUACAUCGUCUCAAGGCCGCAGCCCAGGGGGUUGCUAGGAUGGGGUUACUACUUGAUAAUGCUGCCAUUCAGAUUUACAUAUUACACACUUCUGGAUAUAUUCAGGUUUGCCCUGCGGUUCAUCAGGUCGGAUCCUCGUGGGCGCGUGACGGACCCCGUUGGAGACGUCGUGUCUUUCAUUCAGAGUUUUGAGGAAAAGUACGGUCAGGCACAUCCUGUCUUCUACCAGGGGACAUACAGCCAGGCGCUGAAUGAUGCCAAACGGGAGCUCCGCUACCUUUUAGUGUACCUUCACGGGGACGACCAUCAAGACACAGACGAGUUUUGCCGCUCCACGUUAUGUACAGAAGAGGUCAUAACCUUCCUCAACACACGGAUGCUCUUCUGGGCAUGUUCCACCAGCAAGCCUGAGGGCUACCGAGUGUCCCAAGCGUUGCGGGAGAACACCUACCCAUUCCUGGCCAUGAUCAUGCUAAAGGACCGGAAGAUGACCGUGGUGGGUCGGCUCGAGGGUCUGAUUCAGCCUGAGGAGCUCAUCAAUCAGGUCACCUUCAUCAUGGAUGCCAACCAGACAUACCUGAUGUCAGAGCGCCUUGAGCGAGAGGAGAGGAACCAGACCCAGGUGCUGAGGCAGCAGCAGGAUGAGGCCUACCUGGCCUCCUUACGCGCCGACCAGGAGAAGGAGAGGAAGAAAAGGGAGGAGCUGGAGCAGAAGAAGCAAGAGGAGGAAAAGGUCCGACAGAGUGCUCUUGCAGAGGAGAGGAGACGAAGAACACUAGAAGAGGAGAAGGAGAGGAAGUCGGAGUGCCUUCCUCCAGAACCAUCUGCUGAUGAUCCAGAAAGUGUUAAAAUAGUGUUCAAGUUGCCCAACGACACACGAGUAGAGAGGCGGUUCCUGUUCGCUCAGUCUCUGACGGUAAUCUACGACUUCCUUUUCUCUUUGAAGGAAACUCCAGAGAAGUUUCAGAUCGUGACAAACUUCCCUCGCCGAGUCUUGCCCUGCCUUCCGACUGCAGAGCAGCCCAACCCCCCCACGCUGAAGGAGGCAGGACUCAGUCGCUCCGAGGUCGUUUUUGUUCAGGACCUCACGGACGACUAAUAGAUGACUUACCUCGUCUACAUGGAGACACGUUUAUCUCUGACCCACCCAUGUUGUUUGGUUUGUUUUGGUAAAUGGCCGUUUUACAGAAGGGAUGGUUGCUAUAGAAACUAACCUGGAUCACUAAACCACCCUGCAUCCAGUGCUCCUUCACUUGUGUUGACAGGGUUCCCAUUAGCCUGCAGUCUUGAAUUUUAUCAAAUAAAUAUUUCUUGAAGUGGUUCCUUGUGUGGAGAAACUGUUGUUGGUGUUAGCUAACAGUUAUCCUCCUCCCAGCAGUGAGACUAAAGCUGCAGCACAACCUCCUCGUCCCACACAAGCUGUCACAACCGAGGAAGACUGGUUGUUAGUUACUCGAGGGGAGUUCCCUGCUGUUUCUCUUGGUUCAUGCUUUAGCCCACAACCCCUACAGCGAUUAUCAAGCACAACUAGCACGGUCCAAGUCUGAAGCAGCUGUGAUCGAGAGUUGAAAGGAUGGGAACCCUGUUUAAAUGAGCCAUCACUUGUACAUAAGUUAAAUAUUUAAAUGCCCACUAUUGUUUUUAUUUGACUCGUCAUGAAACGACCAAAUGCAGGUUUGUUACUAUGUAAAGCAGACUGCCUCCAGCUCAUGAAGUUAAAACGUACAAUAUUUAACGAAGGCCACAGCUUUUACAUGUGGCUCUAUGUAGUUUAGUCUGCCCAUAGUGUGCCUGUGGUUACUCAUAGAUGCCUGUUUUGCCUGUAAUAUCUGAAUGGGCUCAUGUAAAGAUGUAAUUUUCCAACUAUAAAUUAAACAUGUUUUAAAAAUG